UCUGUUACGUUCAAACUUAACUUUUUAAAUAUUUUGUUCCGUGAUACUUUCUGUUAUGCACAUGUAAUAUUUGUAAAAUGAAUUUAAUAACAUGAUAGAGAUGUCAGCCAAAGUUUAUUUAAUUUAUUAAAAUAACCAUAGAACAAAGCCUGUGAAAUAGUUUACUAUGGAUUCAAACGAUUCAGUAAUAGAUGAUAAAACAUCUAGCCACACCAUUUUAGAAAAGAUCAAUGCUAAUAGUGAAGAUAUAAUCUCAAACAAGGCCCCAGACAUAAAUGAUUUUACUAUAGUAAAGCCCAUUAGCAGGGGUGCUUUUGGAAAAGUUUUUCUUGCUCACAAGAAAAAUAGUAAAGAUCAGAUGUAUGCAAUUAAAGUAAUGAAAAAGUCUGACAUGAUAAACAAAAACAUGGUCACACAAGUUGUCACAGAGAGAAAUGCACUGGCGUUAUCCAGAAGUCCAUUUUGUGUACAUUUGUUUUACUCAUUGCAGUCAGCGUCAUCGGUGUAUUUGGUUAUGGAGUUUAUGGUUGGCGGUGAUUUAAAAUCAUUGCUAGGCACAUAUGGCUUUAUGGAAGAAGCUAUGGCUGUGUUUUAUGCAGCGGAAGUUGCAUUAGCACUGGAAUAUCUACAUAAACAUCACAUUAUUCACAGAGACCUAAAGCCUGACAAUAUGUUGAUAUCAAAAUCUGGUCAUGUGAAACUAACAGAUUUUGGCUUAUCUAGAAUUGAAGUACAUAGAGAUUUAGAAAUAUCGGAUUUUGUGAACUGCACACCAAGCCUUAAUAUGCGAACACCAGGACAGUUGUUGUCUUUGACCUCACACCUGUCCUUCGGCUCAGGAGGUGGCAGUAACCGCAACUCUAUCGUUGAUACUUCAAAAUUAAAAAGUGACUCUCCUCUAUUGGAUUACUCUCAACUAUCAGGGAUACAUCCUUUUAUGAGCGCCGAGAGCAUAAAUUUGGAUGAACUAGCUAGUCAAGAUUCUGGAUCCGAAUCAUUAAGCUCGUACCACACGUGUGAAAGUUCUAAAACCUCCAGCACGAAUAAUACGAAGAGUAGCAACAAAUCGACCGAUGUCAGUAGCGCGAACGGUUCGUCCUUGGAGUCAAAUAUGUUCACUGACUCCCAACAUGAUCAGUCCACUUCACCGUUGUGCCGAGGGCAAUCAUUAAAAAGGAUACCAAGUUUUCGUGCUAAGAAGAGAAAGAGAAUUUUAGAAUGCGAUGGAGAUACUCCUACAGGAGUAACCAGUCUUCAAGAGUCGAAAGAAAACCAUAGUGGACUUACGCAAGAAAUCAUGGCUUUAGAAUUGGAAGUCAGUCAAAAUACGCCCAAAAGGAUGGCAAUCCAUCCCACGCCAGAGAGGCGUAAAAACCCGCUUAAAGGAGUUUUAAAGAAGAGAUGGGUAUCACAGAACGACAGUCAUCAUUUCAAUGUCGGAGUGAUAUUUUCUACCCCAGUAACAAAUAAGUCACCCGAGGCCAAGAAAAAAGCGACAAGAUUUAAUUUGCCACUCGAUGACACGAUAUUAAGCAUCAAGGAGAAGUCUGCCACUUUUGGGAAGCACAUAUCUACGAGUCUAGAGAUAUUUCCUACUAGAAGAUUGAGUAAGGGCGAAGGUAAUAGAUCUCCAACGGAAUGUAAAACACCAUUAGCUGCAGUUCAAACACCAUACAGGACGCCGAAAAGUGUACGGCGCGGGAACCAAUUGUCUGACCAGCCAAUCCUUGGUACUCCCGACUAUCUUGCUCCGGAACUAUUAUUGCAGCAGCAUCACGGCCCAGCAGUGGAUUGGUGGGCGUUGGGCGUCUGUAUGUACGAGUUUAUGACCGGCGUGGCUCCGUUCAAUGAUGGAACCGUGCAAGCUGUUUUCAGUAAUAUACUGACUAGAAAUAUAGAAUGGCCUGAAGACGACGAAGCAUUAUCUGUAGAGGCAGUAAGUGCUAUCGAAACGCUUCUAACAAUGGAGCCAGCGAACCGACCCGGUGCCGCUGAGGUGAAGGCGAUGCCCGUGUUUCGUAACGUGGACUGGCAAAACCAACUCAACGCUGAACCGCCAUUCGUGCCAACGCUCGAUGAUAUUUAUGAUACUGGAUACUUUCAAGCACGGAACAUCCUGCAGCAUUUACAUGUAUCCAACUUCGAUAUGUGAGGCUACGAAAUGUCAAGCGAAAUAACCACUAUUUAUUUAUUAGCUAAUUUUAAUAUGUGGGAUAUGUUCGAAAUAGCAUAUUAAUGCUUAACAGCCAUAAAAUUAUAUUAGACAGUACGCUCUAAAGUCUUCGGCGCAGGAAUCUUGCAGUUUAUGGUAUAUCUUCUUAGGGUCCAUUUGUAAAACAUUAUAGAAUGUACGAGAAUUGGUAAAGGUUAGUUAAUCAGCCCCUUACUAGCAUCGCCUAAAAGCAGUGUUACUUCAAUAUUGUUAAAUUUUUCUUUCAGAAUUUUUUCUUUCAUUUAUAAAUAGUAUUGCUUUAAGCGAUGAUAGGAAGCCCCCCUAAUAAUCAGGUUGGAGAUCUGUGUUGGAUUUUUUGUCGUCUACAUUUCAACGAUGUGCUGAAGGCAGACGGUAGAAAGACGUAUUUUAAGUCAAGUUGUAAAACAAUGAAUGCAUUAAUGCGUUCGGCAGUCCACGGUAUACAGUAUUUCUCUAGCGCGAAUAGUGUUUGUACGCCAUAAAGGUAGAUUGCUACAAGUAAAUAGUUAAUUACAUUUUCGAACGAAUUUAGUCAAAGGCUCUUUAUUAACCUAGGUCUAGCCUCAGCAAUAAGGCCUUUACUUGGCUUAUACUUUCGCUUAGUAACAUAGAUAUUUAGAAUAGUUAAGUGCAGUUCAAACUACGCUAUACAUACUGCUAUACAUAUCAUAUUGCAUACAUUUUACUUAACUACCCAAUAAUUUGUUUUUCACAUCAUAAUCAUCAGAGUUCACCUUUUCGGUACGGGCCAUCUGCUUAUAUGAGAGAAAAUACAUCUGGAAUAGAGUUAAAAACGAUUUACCUUUAGUCUGUUAACGCCCCACUGCUGGGCACAGGCAUCCUCGAGUCCUCUCUCAUAGAAAAGAGGGUUUUAGAGGGUACACCCACCAUGCUACUCAAAUGCGGGUUGGUGGGUUUUAACGUCUAUAAUAACCGGUACCAAUGGCUUAACGUUUUUUCCAAUUUCAUAACUCCGGCAGGUACUGCGAAUUCAUUAACAGAAAUACCAAACCGUUUUGGCCCGACCCGGUAUUCAUCUAGACGAACGAGGCAGUUCAUACAAAAGCGAUCAUGCUGAUAUCUAAUGCGAGUUGGUGGGCUUAGAUAACGAACUUCGAAAUAUAGGUGACCAUUAUGUAUUAUCAGGUGUCUGUGAUAAUGACCGUGGUGAAAAGCUUUACGUUUUCUCUAGACACGAAAGAAAACACCAAAUUCAAACCUAAGCUGGUCGCCCAACCAGUAACCGACUCGGUUUUAAAGGUUCCUUGAUUGGCUCAAUGACCUCUUAUUGCGAAGGAGUCUAUUUUGAUGCAUGCCGAGCGAUUUUUUUUGUGCUGUUAAAUAAUAAUGCUACAUACAAUAUAAUACAUAGUGCGUAAUAUUAUAGCGUAGUCUAAACGCACAAUUAGAAAAUAGUUAGCAUUUACUGUGUGAUAAUACCAAAUAAUAUUAUUGUAAUUUUAUAUUCUUAUUCCUAGUUAUAAAAGCUGUACCGUCCUGAUCAUGUCCUUUUGGGAGUGCUGUACAUGGUACCAAAUCUAAAUUCUGUCAUAUUAUAUUUUUUAUGAAGUAAUAGGAAAGUUCAGUUACAGAACUAAAAUUUCCUACACUUGCCAAGAUUACCACUAUUACUCUACCAACGUAAUACCGCAGUCGCAAUGUGUUCCUUGUUACCUCUCCUAAGGUCUUAAAUAAUUAGCUACACAGACACAAAAACAAGUACACACAUACAAUUGUAAACGGGUUAUCACGUCAGUACAUUUACUUAGGUUGCCAAUUUUUUAAGCGCAAUUUAUAUGAAAUUUUAAAUAUAUCGUAACUAGUUGUUAUAACUAUUCCUCUACAUGGAGUAAAAGUGAUCACACUUCUAGACGAGCCCCAUAAAUACAAGGAAAUGAAUCUAUCUAUUACCGGUUUAUUAAAAAUGUAAAUUUUUAUUUAGUUAAUACGUCAAAAAUUUUGUUAAAAAAAAGUGUUGCACGGUUCAAUUCAAUAGAGAAUCCUAGGGCCUAGGUGUACAAAACUGUUACUUAUGUAUUAUUAUUGCUGUUAUAUUUAUUUGUGCAUUUAAUUAAAAUAAAUAACAAAAUUUCAA